GUUCUUAGCCUGCCUUUCUCACUCCUCUUCCUUCUAAAUUCUCCAUUCUGGGUUGCGACCUGUGAAGUCAUUCGUUGGUGUCUGUAUCUUUCUCUCCCAUUUCCCCACAGUCUUUUCCCCUCUCUCCGGGACAUUGGGUCCGUUUAAACGUCGGCUCGAGACUCGGAACGAGAGAGGGGGAUCGACCCAGAGUGGUGAUGGAGAGUACCCCUUCAAGGGGUGGAUUGAACCGGGUGCAUCUACAAUGCAGGAAUCUGCAGGAAUUCCUAGGGAGCCUCAGCCCUGGGGUUUUGGAUCGAUUGUAUGGGCACCCUGCCACCUGUCUGGCUGUAUUUAGAGAGCUCCCGUCUCUGGCUAAGAACUGGGUGAUGCGCAUGCUGUUCCUGGAGCAGCCUUUGCCACAAGCUGCAGUAGCCCUGUGGGUGAAGAAGGAGUUCAGCAAGGCUCAGGAGCAAAGUACAGGGCUGCUGAGUGGCCUCCGCAUUUGGCACACCCAGCUGCUCCCCGGCGGCCUCCAGGGCCUCAUCCUCAACCCCAUCUUCCGCCAGAACCUCCGCAUUGCCCUUCUGGGUGGGGGGAAGGCCUGGUCUGAUGACACAAGUCAGCUGGGACCAGACAAGCACGCCCGGGAUGUCCCCUCCCUGGACAAGUAUGCAGAGGAGCGCUGGGAGGUGGUCUUGCACUUCAUGGUGGGCUCCCCCAGUGCCGCUGUCAGCCAGGAUUUGGCCCAGUUGCUCAGUCAAGCUGGGCUCAUGAAGAGUUCAGAACCAGGAGAGCCACCCUGCAUUACUUCUGCUGGCUUUCAGUUUCUGCUGCUGGACACCCCUGCCCAGCUCUGGUACUUCAUGUUGCAGUACCUGCAGACAGCCCAGAGCCGGGGCAUGGACCUCGUGGAGAUUCUGUCCUUCCUCUUCCAGCUCAGCUUCUCCACUCUCGGCAAGGAUUAUUCUGUGGAGGGCAUGAGUGACUCUCUGUUGAACUUCCUGCAGCACCUGCGUGAGUUUGGGCUUGUCUUCCAGAGAAAGAGGAAAUCUCGGCGGUACUACCCCACACGCCUGGCCAUCAAUCUCUCUUCAGGUGUCUCGGGGGUAGGGGGCACUGUGCACCAGCCAGGCUUCAUCGUUGUGGAAACCAAUUACCGGCUGUAUGCCUACACAGAGUCAGAGCUGCAGAUAGCACUCAUCGCCCUCUUCUCCGAGAUGCUCUAUCGCUUCCCCAACAUGGUGGUGGCACAGGUGACCCGCGAGAGCGUGCAGCAGGCCAUUGCCAGCGGCAUCACAGCCCAGCAGAUCAUCCAUUUCCUGAGGACAAGGGCCCACCCAGUGAUGCUCAAACAGACCCCGGUGCUGCCCCCCACCAUCACAGACCAGAUUCGCCUGUGGGAGCUGGAAAGGGACAGACUCCGCUUUACUGAGGGCGUCCUGUACAACCAGUUCCUGUCGCAAGUGGACUUUGAGUUGCUGCUGGCCCACGCGCGGGAGCUGGGCGUGCUGCUCUUCGAGAACUCGGCCAAGCGGCUCAUGGUGGUGACCCCGGCCGGGCACAGCGACGUGAAGCGCUUCUGGAAGCGGCAGAAGCACAGUUCCUGACAGAGACCCGGACCCGAGGGGGCGGGACCGGGCGGGGCGGCGGGCGCGACCUUACAACUCAGGUGUUUUCUGUUGUUGUUGUUGUUUUUUAAUUUAUGUAUCGGGACUUUUCGUAUCCAAUAAAGUUAUG